UUUUUUCUUUCCACACAGUUGCUUCCAUUGGCUAUACAUUUCCAAGGAUUGCCACGCUCUUAUUUUGGACAGGGGAAGACGCAGUAAAACAUUUAUUUUCUCGAGAGACUCCUCUCCAGUUUGGCUACGCCUCGCUCUGUUCUGUUCUUCCUUUUUACUUUCUGAUGGUCUGCUGGGCAUCAGGAACUGCCGUUUCUGCAGGAAUUCUUGUACCAAUGCUUUUUAUUGGAGGCUUAUAUGGCCGGACAAUUGGCCGAAUGUUAGUGUCCAUUUUAAUGGCAUUCCAAAACCAGGAUGCUGGUUACUGGGGAUGGAUGGACCCUGGUGCUUUUGCCUUAAUUGGGGCUGCUUCUUUUUUUGGUGGGGUGACUCGCCUCACAAAGGCUGUGACUGUGAUUAUGAUUGAGCUGACAAACGAUGUCCAGUUCUUGCUACCCAUUAUGGUAUCAAUCAUGGUGGCCAAGUGGGUAGGAGAUUUUUUUACGCACCCUCAUUAUCACUCAAUCCUGGAGCUCAAAUGUAUCCCAUUCUUACCUCCUGAACCACAAGUUGUCAUUGAUAAAAAACUAAUCAAUCUGGAUUUAUUCAGAGUGUGUGAUGUGAUGUCUUAUCCUGUGAUUCACAUAAAAUGUAGAGAAUCAGUGGAUGUUUUAGCCAGGCUUCUGCGAGAAACGACUCAUGGAGGCUUUCCUGUUGUAGAGGACAAUGGAUUAGUUAGUAAAUCCUUUUGUGGAAUCAUUACCAGGCAAGAAUUAAAUGUCCUCAUAAUGAAAGAGGAACUGUUUGAGUGUGCAGAUGCAAGAGACGUACUCUAUGACAUCACCUGGGUAGAGUAUGACAAGCUCCGUACUGACCGAUCUGGACACCCAACAGGCCUAGAAGAGAAACUACAAAGUUAUGUGGACAAUCGGAGAUACAGUGAACUUUAUAUUGACCUGAAUCCAUAUAUAAACCAAUCCGCAAUGUGCAUUCCAGAAAGGUUCUCAUUAUAUCGGACUUACAUUAUAUUCCGGAGCCUUGGAUUGCGCCAUCUGGUGGUCAUUGAUAAAAACAAUGCAGUGGUUGGAAUGGUUACUCGGAAAGACCUAAUGGACUUUAACUUAGUUGAUAAAAUUUCACAGGUUGUGUGUCGUGAAAUUCAAAGUCUUCAGAUUAAUGUCCCUCUUGAGGUUCUCUGA